CAGGAAGUUCCACGUCACAUUUAGUUGUCCAUUGGAAAAAAUCGGGGGUACGAGUGCCGAAAGCUGACGAAUGUGAUUAUACACCAUUUUGACUGAAAGGAGACGAGCAUUGCAAAGGAAUCAUGCCUCUCCGGCUGGACAUCAAGCGCAAGCUAACGGCCCGGUCAGACCGCGUCAAGAGCGUGGACCUACACCCGACUGAACCAUGGAUGUUGGCUAGCCUUUACAAUGGCAGCGUGUGCGUCUGGAACCAUGAAUCACAGACCCUGGUGAAGACCUUUGAGGUCUGUGAUUUACCUGUGCGUGCAUCCAAGUUUGUUGCCAGGAAAAACUGGGUCAUCACUGGAGCAGAUGACAUGCAAAUUCGUGUGUUCAACUACAACACACUGGAGCGUGUUCACAUGUUUGAGGCACACUCCGACUACAUCCGCUGCAUCGCUGUCCACCCUACACAGCCCUACAUCCUCACUAGCAGCGAUGACAUGCUCAUCAAGCUCUGGGACUGGGAGAAGAAGUGGACGUGCAGUCAGGUGUUUGAGGGCCACACACAUUACGUCAUGCAGAUCGUCAUCAACCCGAAAGACAACAACCAGUUUGCCAGUGCUUCCCUGGAUAGAACCAUUAAGGUGUGGCAGCUGGGCUCCUCCUCUCCUAACUUCACGCUGGAGGGCCACGAGAAAGGAGUGAACUGCAUAGACUACUACAGCGGAGGAGACAAGCCCUACCUGAUAUCAGGGGCAGACGACAGACUGGUGAAGAUCUGGGACUACCAGAAUAAGACCUGCGUGCAGACUCUGGAGGGCCACGCUCAGAACGUGUCCUGUGUGAGCUUCCACCCAGAGUUGCCCAUCAUCAUCACAGGCUCAGAGGACGGCACGGUGCGUAUCUGGCAUUCCAGCACCUACCGGCUGGAGAGCACGCUGAACUACGGCAUGGAGCGUGUGUGGUGUGUGUGCGGGCUGCGUGGCUCCAACAACGUGGCCCUGGGCUAUGACGAGGGCAGCAUCAUCAUCAAGCUGGGUCGUGAGGAGCCAGCUAUGUCUAUGGACGCCAGUGGAAAGAUAAUCUGGGCCAAACACUCGGAGGUGCAGCAGGCCAACCUGAAGGCCAUGGGAGACACCGAGAUUAAGGACGGAGAGAGACUUCCUCUGGCUGUCAAAGACAUGGGCAGCUGUGAGAUCUACCCUCAGACCAUCCAGCACAACCCCAACGGCAGGUUUGUUGUGGUGUGUGGAGACGGAGAGUACAUCAUUUACACAGCCAUGGCUCUGAGGAACAAGAGCUUCGGGUCAGCACAGGAGUUUGUGUGGGCCCACGACUCCUCAGAGUAUGCCAUCAGGGAGUCCAGCAGUGUGGUAAAAAUCUUCAAGAAUUUCAAGGAGAAGAAAUCUUUUAAGCCUGACUUUGGUGCAGAGGGUAUAUAUGGAGGUUUCCUGCUGGGUGUCCGUUCUGUGAAUGGCUUGGCAUUCUAUGACUGGGAAAGCACAGAGCUGAUCCGGCGUAUUGAGAUCCAGCCUAAGCAUAUCUUCUGGUCCGACUCUGGAGAGCUGGUGUGCAUCGCCACAGAGGAGUCCUUCUUCAUCCUGCGCUACCUGUCUGAGAAGGUGGCCACCUCCCAGGAGACGAACGAGGGAGUGACCGAGGACGGCAUCGAGGACGCUUUUGAGGUCCUGGGGGAGAUUCAGGAGAUCGUGAAGACAGGCCUGUGGGUGGGAGAUUGCUUCAUCUACACCAGCUCUGUCAACAGACUCAACUACUAUGUUGGAGGAGAGAUCGUCACCAUCGCUCACCUGGACAGGACCAUGUACCUGUUGGGCUACAUCCCUAAGGAUGACCGAUUGUACCUGGGCGAUAAGGAGCUGAACAUCGUCAGCUAUUCAUUGUUGGUGUCAGUUCUGGAGUACCAAACGGCAGUCAUGCGCAGAGACUUUGGCAUGGCCGACAAGGUCUUACCCACAAUCCCCAAAGAACAGAGAACCCGCGUGGCCCACUUCCUGGAGAAACAGGGCUUCAAGCAGCAGGCUCUGGCUGUGUCUACUGAUCCGGAGCACAGGUUUGAGCUGGCCCUGCAGCUGGGAGAGCUCAAGAUCGCCUAUCAGCUGGCUGUGGAGGCAGAGUCGGAGCAGAAGUGGAAGCAGCUGGCAGAGUUGGCCAUCAGCAAGUGCCAGUUUGGUUUGGCGCAGGAGUGCCUCCACCACGCCCAGGACUACGGGGGCCUGCUGCUGCUGGCCACCGCCUCGGGCAACGCCGCCAUGGUGGGCAAGCUGGCCGAGGGCGCGGAACGCGACGGCAAGAACAACGUGGCAUUCAUGACCUACUUCCUGCAGGGGAAACUGGACCACUGCCUGGAGCUCCUCAUCAGAACCAACCGCCUACCUGAGGCGGCCUUCCUCGCCCGCACUUACCUGCCCAGCCAGGUGUCCAGGGUGGUGAAACUGUGGAGGGAGUCUCUGUCCAAGGUGAACCAGAAGGCAGCAGAGUCUCUGGCCGACCCCACUGAGUAUGAGAACCUGUUCCCGGGCCUGAAGGAGGCCUUCGUGGCUGAGCAGUUCCUGCGGGAGACCAGCCAGGGCAAGACCCGGCCGGCCACCGACUACCCGCUGGUCACGCCCAACGAGGAGAGGAAUGUUCUAGAAGAGGCGCGAGGCUACGAGCCCAAAGAUGUCCCUGCACCUGUUGAGCUCAACGAGGAGAAGACUGUUCUAGAAGAAGCGCAAGUCCAGGAGUCCAAAGAAGUCCCUGCACCUGCUGAGCCCAUCGUGGAGAGCAAUGUUGUAGAAGAGGCACCAGUCCAGGAGCCCGAAGAAGUCCCUGCAUCUGCCGAGCAGGUGUCUGUGCAGCAGACGGGACCCCUGGAGGCUGAGCCAGUGGCAGAGGCCCCGUUAGUAGAGGUCCCGGCGGUAGACGCCCCGCUGAUAAAGGCCCCGGCAGCGGGAGCCGGCAUGUUUGCCUCAAUGAUGGCAGCAGUAGCAGCCCCUGUGGCGGCAGCAGUGGCCGCUGUGAGCGCCCCUACACCUGAGCCAGCAGCAGUGGCCGCCGUGAGUGCCCCUACACCUGAACCAGCCACUGAAGAAGAGACAGUAGAAGAGGAGGAGGAGGAAGAGGAAGAGGAAGAUGAGAAGGAGGAAGCAGCAGCGGAAGCCAGCGUGUUUGCUUCAGUGAUGGCAGCUGUAGCUGCCCCUGUGGCGGCAGCAGUAGCCGCCGUGAGCGUCCCUACUCCUGAGCCAGCCGCUGAGGAAGAGGAGGAAGCCGUGGUGGAAGUACCUGUUGAAGAGGUGGCAGCACCUGUUAAAGAAGUGACGCCUGCUGAAGAGGAAGUGGUGCCUGUGCUAGAGGAAGUGGUGCCUGUGAAAGAGGAAGUGGUGCCUGUGAAAGAGGAAGUGACCCUUGUGGAAGAGGAAGUGGCCCUUGUGGAAGAGGAUGUGGUGCCUGUGGUAGAGGAAGUGGCUCCUGUUGAAGUGAUGGCGGCGCCUUUGGUAGAGGAAGUGGCUCCUGUUGAAGAGGAAGUGGCUCCUGUUGAAAAGGAAGUUGCUCCUGUUGAAGAGGAAGUGGCUCCUGUUGAAAAGGAAGUUGCUCCUGUUGAAGAGGAAGUGGCUCCUGUUGAAAAGGAAGUUGCUCCUGUGGUAGCGGAAGUGGCUCCUGUUGAAGAGAAAGUGGCUCCUGUGGUAGCGGAAGUGGCUCCUGUUGAAGAGAAAGUGGCUCCUGUGGUAGAGGAAGUGGCGCCUGUGUUAGAGGAAGUGGCGCCUGUGGUACAGGAAGUGGCUCCUGUGGUAGAGGAAGUGGAGCCUGUGGAAGUGGUGGCAGCACCUGUGGAAGAGAAGACCCCCACCGCAGCAGCUACAUCAGCAGCAGCAGCAGCAGCAGCAUCAGCAGCAGCACUAGCAGCAGCACUAGCAGACCUAGACAAUGAUGAGAUCCUGGAUGAGCUGGAGGAUGACCUUGACAACAUGGAACUUGACGACAUUGACACCACGGACGUAAACCUUGACGAUGACUUCCUAGAUGACUAACACACCCUUGUGAUUCAGGCCAUCUGUGUUUAUUUAAGAGACCAAACUCCUUUUGUAUUUCUACUUGAGUUGUGUAAGGCAGUGAGACUCGUUAGCUGCUGUGGGUAUCAGUGCGAAUCACUGAUGCAUCAUGGGUGAUUUCCCACGUGAAUAUUGGCGGGGUGGGGUUAAGGGACACAUUCAUUCUGAAUUUUUAUAUGGAUCUCUUCAGCUCGCCUUCACACAGCUGCCCUUGCCUUUAAGUAUGUAUUUCUUUAUCUAAAUGUAUGUCCUAACCUAGAGCAAUCAUUGUUCAUCCACAGUAAAAAAAAUAAAACACUGCAUUAUGGGAUUCAA